CUCCUGUACCGUGAAGUGAUGAUGGAAAACUUUACACUUGUGACCUCUCUGGCAUUUGCCAGCAAAGGCUUUUGCUGAAUGUGUUGUGAGGUGAGCAUUUAUCUGAGUAGUCCUUGGACACAGACUCUCCAAAUGCAGUCAGUCUGGGGGGAUUUGGACAUACCCUAUGGACUGUGUUCCAUGUCUACAGCAGUUGAGGCCUCACAGAAAGCUGUUUGCAGGCAAGUAUGUUGAGAACCUUGCUCAUCCUACCUGUGCUGUACCCCAUUAUAUGUCAUUGAUACCCAUGAGGCCUCCCCAACAUGGGAGUUUGCCAGGUUUAGCAGUUCACAGUGAACUCCUUCCUGCCUGACCUAGCCCCCUCAUUCUCUCAGAAAUACCAGGGACUCUUUACUGGGAUACCUGACACACAUUUGUGAGUGUGCUGCUGCUCCCACUAGAGUCAUGCUCUUCAUCAGCAUCUUUCUGCCUUCAGGUUGUUGGCAUAGAGCAGAGACUGUGGAGGCUUCUUCUGAGCAGAGAGUUUCCACAGAAGGAGUGCAAAGUGAAAACCGUCACCAACAUCAGAAGCUGUGCUGUGGAGAGAAACCCUUAAUAAGAGAAGAGGGCAGGGUCCCCGUUUUGAGGGGCUGUAGAAUCCACCUGUCAGAGAAGCCUUUGCAAAGCAGGAAGGAUGGGAAAGAUUUUACACUCAGCUCAAGUCUCCAGAUGACUCACCGUAAAGCGGAGCCUCCCAGGAGCACUGGGACUGCAGAGGCCGUUAAUUUUGGGAAAAGGCACUACCAAUGCAGUGAGUGCGGGAAAGCUUUUGGUCAGAAAUAUUUGCUUGUUCAGCACCAGAGACUACACACUGGAGAAAAGCCUUAUGAAUGUAGUGAAUGUGGAAAGCUAUUCAGCCAUAAAUCCAACCUUUUUAUACACCAAAUAGUUCACACCGGAGAAAGACCUUAUGGGUGCAGUGAAUGUGGAAAAUCCUUUAGCCGAAAUGCUGACCUCAUUCAACACCGCAGAGUUCACACUGGUGAAAAACCUUUUACGUGUAGUGAAUGUGGAAAGGCUUUCAGGCAUAAUUCCACACUUGUUCAGCAUCACAGAAUCCACACUGGAGUAAGGCCUUAUGAAUGUGGUGAAUGUGGGAAGUUCUUUAGUUUCAACUCCAGCCUCAUGAAGCAUCAGAGAGUUCACACUGGAGAAAGACCUUAUAAGUGCAGUGAAUGUGGGAAAUUCUAUAGCCACAAGUCCAGUCUAAUUAAUCAUUGGCGAGUUCAUACUGGGGAAAGACCUUAUGAGUGCAGUAAAUGUGGGAAGUUUUUUAGCCAAAGCUCAAGUCUCAUGCAACAUCAAAAAGUUCAUACUGGAGAAAAGCCUUUUAAGUGCAAUGAAUGUGGAAAAUUCUUUAGUGAAAAUUCCAGCCUAGUUAAACAUCAGAGAGUUCACACUGGAGCAAAGCCUUAUGAGUGUAGAGAAUGUGGGAAAUUUUUUCGCCACAGCUCCAGCCUUGUUAAACAUCGGCGGAUUCACACUGGAGAAAUGCCUUAUGAGUGCAAUGAUUGUGGGAAAUCGUUUAGCCAGCGUUUCAACCUCAUUCAGCACCAGAAAGUUCACAUUAGAGAAAAGUCUUGAUGCUUCAAAUGUGGGUAAACCUUUAUCCACACCUCCAACCUUUCCACAACCCUGGAGAGGACACAAAACUAAAAGGCAUUAUGAAUGCAGUUAGUGUGGAAAAGACUUCAAUCAAAGGUCUGUUCUGACUCAGUGGCAUAAACGUCACAGCCCAAAUAAAUCUUAUCAACACCGUGAAUGUGGAGGAAGUCUUAAGCCAGUGGUGUAGACUUGUUCCAUACCAGGAAGUUCAAACUGGAGAAAGGCCUUAGUAGUGACUUAACAGAGAAGUACCAGGGACUGAAUAUCACUCAUUCCAGACAUGUACACUGAGAGAAGGAUGAGAAUUGCUGCCACCAUGCUUCUCCCAAGAAUAUGGUCCUCUGCCUGUAGGCUCUAGGGAGAAGAGGAACUUGUACCCUUGGCUACACAAGGUGGAGUUUCCAUCUAACUAAGCAAGGAGGCAGGGAGGAACAGAAUGUCUUGGUUCAAGUAAGACUGACUCUUGCUCUUCAUACUGAAUGUUAGAUUUUCCUAAAUAAAUAUUUCGUGUAUACCUUGAGGACCAUUUUCA